GGUCGACUUCACGACAGGACCAUUCCAUCUGCUGCUUUUAGCGAAUAGCGAGUGAUUAUAGGACGAUGGCGACGAGGCGAGCGUGAAGGAAAGAGGGGGGGAGAGACAGAAGAUGGAGGAGUCAUCGAUAUCGAGCGACAGUCGGUUGAACGACCGCGGGACAUGGACCUCGGAACAUCAGCAACAUCAUCAGCACCAUCAUACUGUUCGGGGAUAUGUACCUGAAUAUGCAGAUUUUGAGGACGAUGGAGGGGAUAUAGGAGGCUCGGGAGAUAUACAAGGACCCAGAGAUGUCUCCAUCGCGAAGCAGUCAGGAGCGAACGGAGGGAAUGACGCGCCGGAGGACCCUGACAAAGAGAGAUCUAAGCUCAACGAGAUAGUCAGAAGCGGUGUGACGUCUGUUGAGGAUCUGGACGAAAUGGAUAUAGGCAUAGGGAUGGAGGAGGUCGCUAUCGGUCCAUCUGGAGAGUCUGCACGUGGAUCUCAAGAUGCACUGCAGCGGAAAUCACCCCAUUCUCCUAUGGACAAGGUCGAUCUCGACGAACCGACACCUCGACUCGCAAGUCAUCCUUUUGCUGGCGAGGUCAACGAUGCGUACGACGCGACAAAUGUUGAUCUAUCUCAAAACGAGUCAGAGACUAUCGAUCCAGGUUCAGCCUCUUCAGCACAACAAAACGAGUCCAUCUCUCCCCGAAGCGACCCCCGUCAUUCUCUCGGUUCCCAAUCUACUACCUCGAGCGAUAAUAACAACACCUUUCCUCCUUCUGCUACUGCGCCGCCGCCAGCUCGACCCCAUUCAGCGCUUUCCUCUCAUCGAUCCACAUCCCGCCCAAUCAUAUCCCCUCAACCUCUUUCUCCGUCCCGCUAUCGACCUUACGGUUCGCGCCAGACAUCCGGUACAACUAUCGGCAGUGGUGGUGGUGGAGGAGAUGUCUCGUUCAGUGGUUCUGGAUCUUCCACACCUGAUUCUAGACAGGUCUCACCUUCACCCAUCGUCCAUGAUCUGCCUCUCUCAAUUCCGCCGAUACACGAGCCUCAAGGGGUCAACCUUGGCUCCCAUUCGACCGAUCCUGAGGUCCACACCAACAGGGCCUCGUCUAUUCCAGCUCCGACUAGCGAGUCCAGAUCACCCAAAUCGCCAUCUCACAUACCACCACCACGAGUCCCUAUCACGCCCAAUCUCAAGACGGACGGGUCUUCGCCCAUUGGCGCAUUCCGGUCUAUUUCACCUUCCGCUUCGUCCUCUUUUUCCCCACGACAUACCCAACAUCCAUUCACCUCUGAUUCUCAGCCGACCCAAGGCCUUGGUCUUUCCGUCUUCUCCCCGGGCGAUAUGGCUCCUCGAUCAAUCUCGUUCAAACCUGCUCUCCCGACUGCUUCGUUGGCCCUCAAUGGACAAGCCCACGGAGUAGACGGAUCCGCCCCUUUCGAAUCAAUAGAGCUGGAUACGGGGUCGCCGGUCGUCCAAGAGGCAAGCCUGCACUUGCCAUCUGGGACUGUGGAGCCCAUCGACUCGACGCAUAUUGGACAUUUGACGGUGGACCAUACUUCGACAUCGAGUCAUGUAGAUGCUUCGGGCAAAAAUAUGAAGAGGCGUAGUUGGGGCGGAUUCGGAUUCAAGAAAUCAAAUCAGAAGGAACUGUCUCCUCAGCCGCCAUCGAACGAGUUCACAGAACGACGUCAUUCCACCUCUGAGAAGAGGAGGCCUGAAGAGCGCCCCUCGAGCAAUACUCCGGCCGAGUCCGAGACAAAACCUGUGGGCGCCGCCAAUGCUGAAGCUGGUCCAUCUACACCUCCGCGACGACACGCUCCCCCCGCUCAUCCUCAUCCGUACCCUAUCCCCUCUUCCCCCACAUCUUACUCACCAUCUCGGCGGCCUAACUCGAUGCAAUCGAAUCGAUCAUCCACUCUCGAGGCGAACACCUCAGCUCCUCCAGCAGCCAAGGCGAAUGUAAAUAUCGAAGGGACACUGAGCCACCCCUCGACCCAAGGUCUCGGGGUCAAAGGCGUCUCGGCAUUUGAAAAAGUCGUGUCGCAUACUCGUCCAUCAUGGUUACCGCCCAAACCGAAAGAAGAGGAUGAAGCUCAUUUACAUCAAUGGGCAGACAUGAUGAGUCAAUCUCGAGAAGCAGAAGCGGCUCGACGAAAGAUCCAAGAAGCCAGAAGGGUAGAAAAGGAAAAAAGGCUUGCCGCUUCGACUUCUGCUUGGGAGACGUUGGUAGGACUCGGUCCAGGAGGUUCGACCAUGUCUUCGAUGACGGACCAUCUUCAUCCUCACCCAGCGGGGAGUUCUGCAACGACUGGGACAGGGAUGAACCGUAGUGCUUCGAGCUCUUCUGCAAAAGGCAAGUCAUCCGCCGCCGCUGCUGGGAGUGGAAGAGCUACCCCAGAAUCCGGCCACUCAGGCUUCAGCGUCGAGCGAGUCAAGACUGAUCCGACGCUGAGGAAAUUAUGGUUCGAGGGUGUACCUAGUCAUUUGAGAGGUAGGGCCUGGUCCUUGGCUAUCGGCAAUCCAUUAGCUAUCUCGCGAGACGCGUAUAAGACGUAUCAGAAGCGAGCGCAACGAGCUAUGGAUUCGGGUCGAUUUCCUAAGGAUAUUCUUGAUCGUAUCGAUCAAGAUAUGGACAAGACGUUACCUCACUUACGGCUAUUUGUCGAAGGCUCGCCCAUGCGUAUGGAUUUGAGAGAUUUCGUCUGCGCUUGGGUCGUCUACCGCUCGGACUCAGGUAACGGUUAUGCUCCAUAUAUCACCCACUUGUCCGCCAUGUUCCUCUUGACUUCUCCUCCCAGUCUAGCCUUUCAUUCACUUGUCAACCUUCUCUCGCGACCCUUCCUUCACGCCUUUUACACCGAGACGAAAGAUGAGAUUGAAGCGUUUUAUCGAGUCUUUGAGAACCUUCAAGCGGAUCGAUUCCCUCAGAUCUUUGCCAAUUGCAAAAACUUGGGACUCAAAUUGCCAGAGAGUUACUUCAGGACAUUGUUCCUCGAACAAUUGCCUUUCGAAGCGUGUUGUCGACUUUGGGAUCAGAUCGUUCUCGAGGGGGAUUCUUACAUACUCCGAGCGGCUCUGUCCAUCUUCAGUUUCCUCGAACCGAGGUUAUAUUACCCUGACAAAGAGGAGAUUGAAUCGGUCCUGAAUGGUCGAAAUGGUGCCACAGAGUUGAUCCUGGCUCGAGAGAGAGAACGAGCUAGAUUGAGAGGUGAGGCUUGGGACGAUACGGUCGAUGGGACCUUGAGCGUCUUUGGGAUCAACGAAGAUUACUUGUUUGAUUGGUUAGAGAGCGAAGAGUGGAAAGAGAGUAGGUUUGAGAGGUUGGUCAAGAGGGAGAUGCCGGAUUAACGCAGGGGGGAAGCGAGCGAAAGUGAGGCGAGACAGAUGGCUGCCGCGAAACUGUAGUACAGCGACAUGUCGGUCAGCCUAUGUUGUACCAGUUCUGCCGUUAGAAGUAGAUACAACCGCAUCAAAGUGUCAUAUGGUGAGAUCUGCCUGAGCUUCAUUCACUUCGGGAUUUUGUUGUUGAAUCGUUAGUAGAUGGAUCGUAUUUUGACGU